AUGUCUAGCAAAUCCACCAUGAGGAGCCAAAGCAUUGGCCACCGUGGCUUCAGCGCCGGCUCAGCCAGAGUCCCAGGGGUCUGCCGCUCUGGCUUCAGCAGCGUCUCCGUGUCCCGCUCCAGGGGCAGUGGUGGCCUCGGUGGAGUGUGUGGAGGAGCCGGCUUUGGCAGCAGGAGCCUCUAUGGCCUGGGUGGCUCCAAGAGGAUCUCCAUCGGAGGGGGCAGCUGUGCCAUCAAUGGCGGAUAUGGUGGCAGAGUUGGAGGUGGCUUUGGCUAUGGAGGUGGAGCCGCAAGUGGAUUUGGUUUUGGCGGUGCAGCUGGGGGUGGCUUUGGGCUCGGUGGUGGACCUGGCUUUGCUGGUGGCUAUGGGGGCUCUGGCUUCCCUGUGUGCCCCCCUGGAGGCAUCCAAGAGGUCACCGUCAACCAGAAUCUCCUCACUCCUCUGAACCUGCAAAUCGACCCCACCAUCCAGCGGGUGAGGACUGAGGAGCGGGAGCAGAUCAAGACCCUCAACAACAAGUUCGCCUCCUUCAUCGACAAGGUGCGGUUCCUGGAACAACAGAACAAGGUCCUGGACACCAAGUGGACUCUGCUCCAGGAGCAGGGCACCAAGACCGUAAGGCAGAACCUGGAGCCCUUGUUUGAGCAGUACAUCAACAACCUCAGGAGACAGCUGGACAGCAUCCUGGGGGAGAGAGGCCGCCUGGACUCAGAGCUGAGGAACAUGCAGGAUACAGUGGAGGACUUCAAGAACAAAUAUGAAGAUGAAAUCAACAAGCGCACAGCGGCAGAGAAUGAAUUUGUGACUCUGAAGAAGGAUGUGGAUGCUGCCUACAUGAAUAAGGUUGAACUGCAAGCCAAGGUAGACACUCUCACAGAUGAGAUCAACUUCACCAGAGCCUUGUAUGACGCAGAACUGGCUCAGAUGCAAACCCACGUCUCAGACACUUCUGUGGUCCUGUCCAUGGACAACAACCGUAACCUGGACCUGGACAGCAUCAUCGCUGAAGUCAAAGCCCAAUAUGAGGAGAUCGCUCAGAGGAGCCGGGCUGAGGCUGAGUCCUGGUACCAGAGCAAGUAUGAGGAGCUGCAAAUCACAGCAGGCAGACACGGGGAUGACCUGCGCAACACCAAGCAGGAGAUCGCUGAGAUCAACCGCAUGAUCCAGAGGCUGAGAUCCGAGAUCGACCAUGUCAAGAAGCAGUGUGCCAACCUGCAGUCCGCCAUCGCUGAUGCUGAGCAGCGCGGGGAGAUGGCCCUCAAGGAUGCCAAGAACAAGCUGGUUGAGCUGGAGGACGCUCUGCAGAAGGCCAAGCAGGACAUGGCCCGGCUGCUGAAGGAGUACCAGGAGCUGAUGAAUGUCAAACUGGCCCUGGAUGUGGAGAUCGCCACCUACAGGAAGCUGCUGGAGGGCGAGGAGUGCAGGCUGAGUGGGGAAGGCGUUGGACAAGUCAACAUCUCUGUGGUGCAGUCCACCGUGUCUGGCGGCUAUGGCAGCGCUGGUGGCUAUGGCAAUGCCAGCGCUAUGGGCGGUGGCUCAGGCCUGGGCGGAGGCAGCGGCUACUCCUAUGGCAGUGGCCACAGCCUUGGAGCCGGCUUCAGUUCCAGCAGUGGCAGAGGCAUGGGGGGUGGCUUCAGCUCCUCUGGAGGCAGCAGCUCCACCAUCAAAUACACCACCACCUCAUCCUCCAGCAGGAAGAGCUACAAGCACUAA